UACCUCUCACCGAAGUCGCGCCCUGUUUCAAAACCCCUAAAGCCAUUUCCCUCUUUUCUCGUCUCGUCAGCAUUGUUCAUUGGUCGCGAAACCCAGAGAAACCAAAAUCUCAGUUUCCCAACCUCUGCAAGUUACUGUCUUAUACACUCGCCAUUUCCCUUGGAUAUUCAAUGUUUUGUUUCAUCCUUAGAAGAAAUGUCCUCCAACAAAUCAUAACCACUGAUUUAACAACACCAUCACUUACCCAUCUCUACUCUUCCCUUUUCCUACAAAACCCAUCAUCCCUCUCAAACACCACCAUCACUACAACUCAAAAUCCCUCCUCUUUUACAGUCUCAUACCUCAUAAACUCAUGUGGGCUCUCUCAAGAAUCAGCUUUUUCAGCUUCCCAAAAAAUCCAACUCAAAUCCCCAGAAGGGCCAGACUCUGUUCUCAAACUCUUCCAAAACCAUGGAUUCACCAAUACCCACAUCGCAGAAAUCAUCGCCAAGCGUCCGUUGCUUCUCUUGUCCAGCGUCAACAAAACCCUCAAGCCCAAGCUUGAUUUCUUCCACAGCAUGGGCCUUACUGGCCCCACCCUCUCAAAAAUCCUUUCUGCCGACCCUGGACUCUUAUAUCGCAGCCUAAACAAUCAGAUCGUUCCAGCCGUCGACUUCCUUAAGUCUUUUGUCCACACCGACGAAAACAUUGCAACUUCCUUUAAGCACUAUACCCGCUUUUCCGGAAGAAUCUUGAAAAAGUGAUGGGACCCAACAUCUCGAUCUUGCGGGAUGAAGGGGUGGUGGAAUCCAAGAUCUCGAAGCUGAUUACAUCCCACCCUCGGACAAUGAUGCUGAAACCCGAUCGGUUUCGUGAGAUUGUC